CACGAGUGGCUUAAUAUGGCAGAGACCAUCACCUUCCACCUCUGCUCCGUUUCUCUUCCUUCUCCUGCGAAAGAAAUCGGAGGAGGGACAACCAAAAAGGGCGAAAAUCGUUUCGUUGUCGAAGUAAUGGAGCGAUGGGAGAAGGAGCGUCCGCGGCGCUGCCGCGAGUGCCCAUCCUUCUCCUCCGCCUUGCUCGACGUCAUCUAUCGCUCCACCGACGAGUCCGAUGGCGCUGGCGGAGCGCCCGAACCCUCCCCUGUCUCCGCCCCGCGCCGGUCGCUUCCGCCCUCGAAGGUGAGGACGAUGGCCCGACCCCGCGGCCUCUCGCACAUCUCCGCAUCAAGCUCCUCCGAUAACUCCAGCUUCGGCGGGUUCUCCUCUUCCUCCGAACCCGACUCGUCCGCGAGCCGCCGCGCCCGGAUACGGCCGAUCCGCACCCUCCCUCCUCCUCCACCUCCCCGCCCGAUGCAGCGAGCUACUUCGCCGCCGGAGAAGCACCACCGCGGGAGGGCCAGGUCAUUCUCGAUCCGGAGCAGGCUGCGCGAUCUGGGGCGAUCCAAGGCGCCGUCGUCCCCGGGAUCCCGCUUCGUAAGCCUCCUCAAUUCCCUCUUCGCCAACGCCGCGGGGAAACAGAGGAAAUCGAAACCCUCGACCGUCGACGACUCGGCAUGCCACGCGGCGCCUACUCGAUCCCGGCCGUGCCUCGUGAAGACACCGUUGUCGAGGAAGGGGCACGACGAGGGCGUCAAGAGAUCGGUGAGGUUCCACCCGGUGUGCGUGAUCAUGGGUGAGGAAGUCCUCCCGCGCGGCAAGAAUAUUCCUUACGCUGGCGAACGUUUGGCGGCGGCGAGGGCGGAGGAUCAGAGGCGGCCGGUGGCAGUGGCGGAGGGGAUGGCGAGGCAGGAGGCGAGGAGGAAGGUGGAGAAGUUGUUGAGGAGUUUGGAAGUCGAAGAAGGAGUGAAUGAAGACGAGAUGAGCGAUUCGAGCUCCGAUCUAUUUGAACUGGAGUCACUUACAAUUAGCGGCGACGGCGGCGGUUAUAGAGACGAGCUGCCGGUGUACAAGACAACGCAUCCUGGUACCGCUUUUUCUCGUGGCCUUGUCCAAUUAUAAUUAUUAAAAUUGUGAAAUAGUUUCACAAUGUUUUAUAUUAUUUUUGUUGUUCUGGGUGCUAAAUCUUUCUGUUUGGUUGAAUACUAAAAAUCUUGGUGUUGAUUUAUAAAAACGGAAUGAAUUAUUUUCAA